CCAUGGUUCAUCGGUGUGCACCGAAUAACCAGUAUUUAUCGUAUUUUAAUCGAAUAUCACGAUAAAAUUUCGUGUCAGUUAUUUUACGGGAAUAUUCAACCAAAAUGCAGUAUUUAAGCAAUCAAUCGUUUCGUAUGUAGAAAAUGUCUGACAUACAUUUACAGAAACGAAUAUGGUUUCAUUUGUUAUGUAUAAUUUUGUUCGUAUUUCCGCUGGUUGACAACAAUGAUACAAAGCAGUUGAUAUCUUGCGAACAGAAACCUUCACGCAGUUUAUUAUUCGUGAGUACGUUAGAUGGAAAAAUAUCUGCUCUAGAUGCAAAUAAUCUAGGAAAAAAACAAUGGACCUUGGAUUUGAAUGGAGGACCUAUGUUAUCGUCAAAUAUUCAUCAUACAGAACUUAAUAAUGAUGGACAGUGGGUUCGUUUGAUACCAUCGCUAAGAGGUGGAUUAUAUAAAUUCGAUGGUGAAAAUUUAGAAUCAAUACCAAUAUCUGCAGUACAGUUGUUACAUUCGUCCUUUCGUUACUCCGAGGAUUUAGUAUUUUCUGGUGGCAGAGAAGUGAAUUCAUAUGGCGUUUCAAGUGCAACAGGAAAAGUGUUAUAUGAAUGUGGAAUUAAUGGUUGUACUAACACAAAUGGAGAUUCAUAUAUUGAACAAGAUGUGCUUAUUGUUCGACGAUAUCAACAGACAGUAAGAGCCGUUGAACCUCGUACUGGUAUCGAAAGAUGGAACUUCAGUGUUGGGCAGCAUGAUUUAGUAUCCAUUUCUAAUUCUAAUAUUUAUUGUCAAAAUGAUAAGGAAGCUCAUACUCUAGAUAUUGAAAUUAAAGUUGUCGUGCCUGAUGGUUUAAUCUGGGCUACCAAUAGAAACAAUCCUAAAAUAAAAUUGUGGCAGUAUAAGUUUAAUUCUCCGAUCGUUACCAUAUGGCGUGAAGAUGCAAGUAAAAGUAACGAAAACAACAAUUUGAAGGAAAUUAAUUUAUUUGAUAGUAUGGAAUGGUUACGGGGAACAGAAUUUUCAACUAGCCCAGGUAUUUAUUUGGGUGUACACGACAGGCAAUUAUAUGUGCAAGAAAAUGCAAAACUGUACAAAUCAUUAGAAGUAUUACCAACAUACACGCAACAUUUAACAUAUCCAUGGCAGCCACAUCUUGCUGCUAUUGGUAAUACAAUUGUAAAGGCUCUUCCAGGUCCAGAAAGCAAUAAUAAUAAUGAUGAUAAUGCUUUGCUUAAAGUAAAUGAUACACAAAGUCCUACUGCAUUGUCAGUUUUAUAUAAUUCGGAAUAUAUAAACGGAAAUGGAUUUUAUCUAUAUUCGCAAGAUCAGUUGCAAGUAGAUAACGACAAACAAUGUAAUCGUACUAAUAUAAAUUCGAUGCUCAUCGCGGAAGAGAAAAAGUUGUUUAUGUCAAAUAAUACUCUUGAAGAGGAUGACACACCUGUUCAAAUAAUAAUUGUUUCAUUAUGGUAUUGGUGGAAAGAAGUUUUAAUUAUUUCAAUUACCACAGCGAUUCUACUUAAUUUCGUGUUAACGCAACGUCUAUUAAAUGCUACUACAGUCGUUAAAGAUGCAGUACUUCCGCCGUUAAUAGUGGAGAGGCACAUUGAGACAAAUAAAACUAGUUUUCGAAUAAUCAAUGAUAAAGAAAGCAUCGAUAAGUUUAAGUCACGUUAUCUCACAGAUUUUGAGCCAGUAGACUGUUUAGGAAAAGGAGGCUAUGGUGUUGUUUUCGAAGCAAAGAAUAAAAUAGACGAUUGUAAUUACGCUAUUAAAAGGAUUGCUUUACCAAAUAGUCAAUCUUCGAGAGAACGUGUAAUGCGAGAAGUAAAAGCAUUAGCCAAAUUGGAUCAUCAAAAUAUUGUAAGAUAUUUCAAUGCAUGGUUGGAAUGUCCGCCUGCAGGAUGGCAAGAGAAACAUGAUCCGGAAUGGAUAAACAAAUUAAUAUUACCAACAGAUCUUACAUCUCAUGCUGAAGCGAAAGUUAAUAAUUUCGUUUGCAUAAAUGUUUCUCAAACCGAUCAGUCGUCAGUUGAGAGUGCUUGUGAAGCUUACGAUGCAUUGCAUAAUUCCGAUUUGGACGAAGACUCCUUAGUUGUUUUUGAAAAAUCCCAUUCGACUUAUCUAAACAAAGAUGUAAUCGAUAUUAGUAAUUACAGUACUGAAAGUUCGAAUUUAUCACGUUCGAAUAAUGUAACCGGAAAAGUAUUAUCGAAAAUCGACGACUGUACAGGCUCCGAUAGCAUCGUGUUCAAAGACACGAACAGUAAUAAGCAUUCGGAAAAAGACGAAAAUAGGAAACGUCAGAGAUCAUUUUCCUUAGAUUUGAAUAAUAAAUCAAAUACGCGCAAGUCGCCGAAAAUGUUCCUUUACAUACAGAUGCAACUGUGCCAAAGGCUAAGUCUUAGGGAUUGGCUGAAAAACCAAUCGGUACAAGAUUAUCGCCAUGUAUUAAAUAUAUUUCAACAAAUAGUCGAAGCUGUGGAGUAUGUUCAUUUGCAAGGGCUUAUUCAUCGUGAUUUGAAGCCUUCGAACAUAUUCUUUUCUUUCGAUAAUAAGAUAAAAGUUGGUGAUUUUGGUCUUGUAACCGCAAUGACAGAAGGGUAUGAUGAAACUCAUACUCCACCUUCGCAAAACGAAAACAUUACUUUAAAGAACAGUUUGCACACUGCAUACGUGGGCACUCAUCUUUAUAUGUCUCCUGAGCAAAUGAAAGGGCAAUGCUACAAUUACAAAGUUGAUAUUUAUUCCUUAGGAAUAAUUUUGUUUGAACUUCUUAUUCCAUUUGUUACUGAAAUGGAGAGAAUAACUACCCUCAUAAAUUUGAGGAAGUCAUUGUUUCCAAAAGAUUUUGAUGCUAAUCAUCCAGCGGAGUAUAAUUUAUUAAAAAUGAUGUUGGAUGAAAAUCCUAGCAACAGACCUACGACUUUAGGUAUUAAGGCAAGAGCACCAUUAAUAAAUUAUGAAAUAGCCAAUGGAUUGGGCAUUAAUGAAGAUUCAAAAUGGCAUUUUGAACUUCCUCAAUUAACGAGACAUUCCUCUAUGACUAAUGCUAGUAGCAGUGAAUCUUGGGAAAAUAUUACUUGAGUAAUUAUACUCGUAUAAUUGAUGUAAGUAUCGCAAGAGACGCAGAAAUACAUUCUAUUAUUUAUUUCAUUCAUUCAUUUACAACAAAAAAAAAAAAAAUGAAUUUGUUUUGCAAGUGUGAAUUCAAUUUACAAAAAAUUGAAUUUGAAGUGCAAAAUCUGUGUAUUUCAUUAUAAAACAGCAUUUAUUCCGAAUUACUAAACAAUAAAUGAUCCAAAAAUGGUAUAUAAAUUCUGUCUCAGUAAAGUUUUGUUGACUAUAUCUUUAUAAAUCAUAAUUACUAACGUGUAAAUGACAAGUCAGAUACUUUAUCACUUAUUAAAUGAUCGACUCCCAUAAUGUAGAGUCUUAUGUUGUAUUGCAUCCAAGUGUAAAUACCAACUGCCACCGAUAUUUGUAUAAAUAUAUUUUUUAAAUUUUAAUUCGUGUAAUCUUAAAUAUUUUUCUACUAAAAAUGAUAUUAUUUCAUAUUACUAUGGCUUAGAAAAUGUUAAUGUUAUUUCUUAAGUAUAUUGUUAAGCGUUAUAGUUUUAUUGUUACAAUUCGUAAUGAAUAUAAAUCUAAAUCUAUUUCUUCAAAAAGAGUAAAGAAGUUCUCCCGUUCCUUAUACUCUUUA